AUGUACCUCGAUAAGGAAUUGGCCGAUGUAAAAUUUGUGUGCACCAACGAUGAUGAAUCGCAACUGGUGCCGGCGCAUAAAAACAUACUCUCAAGUCAAAGUCCAGUGUUCCGUGCAAUGUUCUAUGGAAAAUUGAAAGAGAAAGACAAGGUGGAAAUUCCCGAUGCAACAGUCGCUGGAUUCAAGGAAUUUUUGCAAUUUUUCUACUUGGGCGAAGUGACAUUGACAAUGGAAAACAUCGAAGAAGUGGCUCGCUUGGCGGAUAAGUACGAUAUGUCCGGACGUUUGAACAACUACGCUGGCUAUCAAUUGGCAAUCAUCAUCAAACACGAGCAAUUGAAGGCAUACUGCGAAAAACAUAUCUGCACAUUCACCGAGGAUUUGUUCAAAUCGGCCACCUUUCAACAUUGCGACCAGAAGACAUUGAAGCAAAUCUUGGAAUUGGAAACGCUGAUGUGCGACGAGAUUGAUAUUUUUGAGGCAUGUAUGGAAUGGGCGAAGUUUUCGUGCGAGCAAAAUGGAAUCGACGACACGAAGCCAGAGAAUUUAAAAACGCAAUUGGGCGAUUGCUUCAACUUGAUUCGUUUCGGUGUGAUGACACGUAAAGAUUUCGCCACGCGCACAGUCGCAUACGAAGAACUGUUCACUCGCGACGAAUUGGCGCACAUUUUGUACAAAACCACCAGCAAGUUCACGCCAAACAAAUUCAACCAAAAUCCACGGUCAAACUCAUUGUUGCAAUGGGACAACACACAAAUGCUUGUUUGCUCACAAGAGAUUUUAACCUCAAAUCCCCCGUACUACAUUCAAAGUCCGGAGCCGGUAUGGUUUUCAACAAGUAUUCCCGCUAUGUUGGGUGAAAUUUAUUGCUUUCCCGUACGCACUGGCAACGGCUACAGUAUCAACAUGAAAUUCAACGCAACUGUGGUGGAAAUCGAUGCUCAAUCAUUCGAAGUGAGCGCACCAACGAAAAUACUCUUCAAGGAAGCGGUUACAUUCAACGGCGACAAGGAAAUUAGGAUACCAUUAUCGCAACCGCUUGCAAUCAAUCCGAAGAAGAUGUACGAAAUUCGCUUGGACACUGCAACCAACACAAGUGGCUACUAUUGCCAUGGCCUACAAUGGAUGUCUGAAGUCGAAUUGGAUAAAAAGAUCAACGUGAAGUUCCAUCGCAAUCCAUCGAACAGCGAACGACGUGGACUGGUUUCGCGAUUGUGCUUCAACCAUUUUUGA